AUGGCCCUCUCUCUGGGCCCCACGUCUGUAUUUGUGACAAUCCUCCUCAUCUACAUCUCGACCUUUAUAUUUUUUGCGAUUGUUCGAAUCGCAACCGGGGUCUCUAUCCAACGAAUAGGCUAUUUUUCGCUGCGCCGCAUUGCCUAUUCACCCAAGGAGGGCGUCCAGAUUGGUAUACGUGGCCUUGGUUUAUCGCUGCACUGGCCUACCUUUGCGCAACCGACUUACGUCAGUCUUCUUAUAAAUGAACUAUCCGUAACCCUCGACCCGAAAGCCUUGCAUGAUAAAAAAGUUCCUGAGCCCGUUCCUGGUAAUGAAGGCUCCAAUUUCACUAGUAGUGAUGCCAGUCCUGGAGCAAACCACGCUUCGAAGCUCAGUCACACUGGACGCCCUGGGGCCACCCGUACUAAAACAUGGAAGACCUUAACGAGAGUUAAAGAAGCAAUCAAGCGGCUUCAUCGUAGGAUUCACCUCCUGUCCUUGGUUGAUGUGACGACUACGGAUACUAUCCUAAAGGUUAUCAAAGCUGGGGAGGUGCAUAUUGGUGGACUCACGGCUGCGGUUGAUACCAGACAAAAUGUGAUGGAGCGUGGGAGGCUAUUUCGGCAUAAGAAGGACCCAUCAGGCGACCAGCGGCCUGCUGAAUGGGUAUUCAAUAUCAGGAAUGUACUUCUUGCGCUAGAAGGCCGAGAACCAGAAGAAAUCGUCGACAACAUCGGGCUAAACAUCCACGGUUUACUACAUAAGGAUGUGGAGGGGUUGAGAGAUGUGUCCGUUUCGGUCAAAGUUGGGAAGCUGCAUGUUCCAUAUGACGACUUGCUCUUAUUUGCUAGUCGGGUAUCCGCACCACACGCGAGUCUGAGUAGGCCUGGCUCAAAAAGUACUAACGUCGGCUUUUCGUGCCCUGAUAUCGUCGAAGAAGUGGAUGAGACUUGUACACAGGAAGAUGGCCUUCUUCAGACAGUAGCCGAAUCUCGCGAGUUCUUGGGCUCGUUGCUUCGUGGAAUUCAAGAAAUUCAGGUGGCGUUGAGCUUCUUCCGCUUUUCCCGUGUUGUCCAGGGACUCCCCCACGUCAAAGGACAACAGUAUCUGAAUAUCGUUACGCAUGAGGUUGGCAUUGAUUUUCAUCGGAUGGAUCCCAAUGAGCCCGCGCACCGGAUGUACUUUAGGAAAGAUGAUAUUGCUCACCAAGCGCUUGUGGCUGCAAUAUCAUCAUCCAUCUCCCUGGAUGACAACACCAACGACCAUGAUAAAAUAAUGUACAUCCCAAUGGCAACAGCAACGAUUAAAACAACAUUACCUUCAAAGACGGUUUCUGCACCAGAAACCCAUGAUGCUGCUGAACGCAAUACUAAUGUGCUUUUCGCCAAUUUUGUUGUUACUUCACCGUCAAUUGAUUUGGAGCCAGGAAAGCUGGCUCAGCUAAUCUGUCUAUUCCAGAGGAGAAACACUGCAUACAAAUCAAGAAGAAGCGGCAAGCACGUGCUCAUUUCACAGCUUCUACCAAAGGCUAGCAUCAAGCUAUCUAUUCAUGAGCCAGUUCUUCGUUUUGUUCUGCCGCUACCUCUCGAAACAGAACAACAGGAUUAUAAUCUCCUUGUUUCUUCAAUAUCAUCUAUUUCACUAGAUAUCGAGUCUUCUCAUUCGGCGGAGGAAGGCGUGCAGUAUUCCUUAGCCUCUGUCUACAGGGUUGCGUCGCAUAUGCUAUAUUAUCAAACUGCUCUGGGAGUAAAACAUCAUUUGCUAUCGACCGAAUCUUUGGAGGUGAAAGCUCAUCUCAGUGCGACAACCGAGUUUUGUGUUGUAGCUUCAGGAAAUUUGAACACAUUUUCCGUGCAUCUCGUUAGUGGUGAAGUCACCCAUGGCGUUCAUCAGGUCGUCGAGCAAUUCAACGGUCAUGUUCAACCAACGAAAUUGCAAACCCCCAUGGAUCGGAAUCGUCCUCGUUUCCUGAGGCGACUCCCACCCUGGCUAUUGCAGUUUCAAUUUGAAAUUCUAAGCCUGGCCAUUGAAAUUGCCGGGACGGACGAUACCGUUCAGCCAGCUACACGUGGGAUCGUUUUGCAGCUCGGCGGUUGUUCUGCAAAUUAUGAAGCACACAAAGCCGAGCCAAACAAGGGUAUUACUCGACGGCGGACUCCAAGCCACUCCGCUAUUUCAGAAGACCCAACGUUUCGAUUUACUUCCUCUUCUCCUUCUAGAAAAUCAUACAUUGGCCCUGCAGAUGGUAGACGCCUCGCAAUUCAUGUACGUGGCCUCGAGGGCUUUGUAAUGGAAUCCGCAGACUACAUGGAGACGGAGUCAUUCCUCUCUAUUCCACGUUUUGAAGUUGCCCUCAGCACCACAAGCGACCUACAAGGGCCAAUAUUCCAUAUAAAUUCCAUUGUCCAUGAAAUUUUCUUGAGACAUUCACUUUACCGAUAUUAUGCUAUUGGAGUUGCGUUCAUGGUUGUUCAAGACGCCUUUUUUGAUAAGGCAGCUAAGAAGGCACCUUCAGAGGACUCGGAGAAUGAUGAUUUGGAGUCACAUCACAUCCUCAAUCAGCUUAAAACGGAGCUUGUCACUAUUGAUUUUAAGGCACCUAGCAUUGAAGUAAAGCUUGCAAUGCCGAUGGAUCCCAAUAUGAUGAUUCAAAUAUAUGGAUUAGCUGCUGGACGCCACAGGUGGUCACCUCCCUUCGUACGUGUGCAUCUUCUUCGUCUUCACGCCGAAGCUCCAAAACUGAAAGGUGUAUGGGCCCGAAUCGUGAGCAUCAAGAACAUGCGUGUUGGUUUCAGGGAAAGUCGCUCGAAACAAUCUGAUUCAAUUAUUGACGCCAAAGGAUACGAUAUCUCCACUGAUUCUAUUCGCCUCGGUGUCCCUCAUCAUAUGGUGAUGCACCGUGUUUUUGACAAUUUUAUCAACACUACUAAAGCUAUCCAACAACUCAACCACCGUUUCAAAACCAGGACAAACGAGUACGUUCUUGAAAAGCAGCCUGAAGGCCCUAGGCGUAUCCCUAAAAUAUCGCUGCGCAGCAAAGUAUUGUUAUUUGAGCUCGAAGAUGACGCUUUUGAAUGGAAGUUGUCGACGAUAUAUCGACUUGGUGUUUUGGAACAAAGGCAACGCUUGACACGCGAUGAAGCAUAUCGGAUGAAAACAAAAAAGGUCCAAGAAUGCCAGCAACGGCGUGCUUUCUCUCGACUACGCGCUCAUUCAGCCUAUCCUAGCUCUCAAAAAUCACCAGCCUUGUCCCGAAACAGUAGCGAGACACAGCGAAGCAAAAGUGCUGACCGCCGCCAUCGCUCGCGCUCGAUUUCUAGAGGAAGGCGUGGCACGCGUAAAGUCAGAUACGACCCUCAGGCUAUUCCGAGUUUUACAGAAGCUUGUAAAGUUGCUCCGAACGACUCGUGGCUUCGAUUGCAACAACACAAUGCACAUUGCUGGAGAAGCCGUAUUGAUAGCUCAAUUCGCUUCCAAAAUACGGCGAUUAAUGAGAUAAGAAGUCUAUUUGCCGGUGCUGAUGAGUUGCCAGAAGGACUACAAGAUGAUGAGUCAAUACUUGCUAUUCCUAAUCGACCUGGCCUUCUGGCGGUCACAAUCAGUGAUGUACACCUCGUUCUUGAUAAGCCUUCGUUUCCAAUAAACUCGUAUGCCGAAUACAUCAACAGGAUCGGUAAGGGCAUGCCAAUGGAUAUGAAGUACUCGCUCUUGAUACCUAUGAGCAUACAGCUCGAUAUGGGAGAAGCAAGGGCCAACCUUAGGGAUUAUCCUCUGGACUUGCUCCAUAUUCCAGCACUGCGCCCCGGCCAACCAACCCGUAUCCCUUGUUGGUCUAUCCGUGGAGAUUUUGUUAUCGCCGAGGAGUUCCGCAAUAAAGAAUCAUCUCGGCAGGUUAUGGUUAAAAUUGUGCCUCCAACGGUAACUCCAGAUGGUGCUAGUCACCCUGGAUUUUCCAUUGAUGUCCGCCGCACGGUUUCUCCAGUCAAAACUUACUCCGACCCGAAAAUUGAGAUAAACACGAGUCUCCCAACAAGUAUAUCGUGGGGCAUGUCUUAUCAACCUGUCAUCCAGGAUAUGAUGAAAAUCAUUGAAGGCUUUUCUAAACCAGAAAUUGACCUAUCUGACCGCGUUGGGUUCUGGGAUAAAAUACGCCUUAGCUUUCAUUCUAGAAUUAAUGUAAUGUGGAAGGGCGAUGGUGAUGUUCACCUACGGCUCAAAGGCUCCCGCGAUCCUUACGUGGUCACUGGUUUCGGGGCUGGGUUUGUUAUGUGCUGGAGGAAAGAUGUUCAAUGGGAGAUACAUACAACCGAUGACCCCAAGGAGUUUAUGAGCGUCACAAGUGGGGAGUAUGUUCUUGCUAUUCCAGACUAUAGUCACCAAGCUCGCCAUUCUCAUGCCUCCCUGACCUCGGAUAAAGAGGCAUCGUCAUCUAAAAGCAGCUUAAGGUACGAGCCGCUUUUCAAAAAAGUUAUUAUGAAACUAUCAGGAAAUGUAAGAUGGCUCGCGGGCUUGGUAUUCGAGCGAGCCGUACAUGGCACACAUGAUCGAUCUUUUGAUUUCAGACCACAUUAUGAAGUUGUCUUGAGAAAUCCGAAGUAUCUGGACUCAGAGACUCGCAAGGAUUACGAUGCGUAUCGUGGAUUCCGAAGCCACCAUAUUCACCUCUCAGUGGCUGUAGUUGCUCCAGUGUCUCGAGUAUGGUCUGUGACGAAUCGCGAGCCAUCCGCGAGCUAUAAUACAGUUCAUUUGACUCCCAGAUUUUUCACACACUUUUUUAACUGGUGGUCCUUGUUUUCUGGUGUUAUGUCGUUGCCCGUACGUCAAGGGCCCCUUUGGCCAGGGCUGACAAAGACCAGCAAGAAAUUCAGCCGCCAUCUCGGAACUGUCAAAUACAACCUGUUUCUCUCUCCAUUAUUUGUUUCUCACAUUUACAAACAUAAGGAUGCUGAAGAUUACAAUGAGGAUACGGUUUUUGCCACUGGCAUUAAAUCUCGCUUAGAUAGUUUCAUGCUUGACCUCCAUCAACGGCGGGAACAAGUCAAGACGCAGGUGACCGGCAGGUUGAAGCAAACCAAAGCGAGUAUGAUGAGAAUAAAUCGUGCUCAGUUCGAUUUCAUAUCGGCGGAUUUUAGAGCAGUUUCGGCUAGCAUUGAUGGCACCAAAGCCGAAGAUAUUGAACAAACCGAUGACGAUAUCAUUUCGACGGCUCAGCAACCAGUGGCUCCCGCUGACAUUUCACGGUUUAAUAUUCCAGAUCAUGACUUGAAUUGGGUUGAUAUGGACGACUUCGUUGAGCUUGAUUGGGUUUUGCCCGCUGAAUCGAACCCAAAAACCCAAAUACUCCCCCUUGCAUAUUCUCCACGUUUCUCAUAUUUUCGCCAGACAGAUCACGAGGAGGUUGGUCCAGAUGAGACUGGUUACAGCCGAUUUGGUGACGAGCCUACCCACUACUGCGUCAUGCCCGAGAAUGAUGACCCCCGUACAGUUCAGCUGGACUUGAUCCAGGAACGUCUCCGCACAUUAGAUGCGCAAAUUCGAUCAAAUACACGACUAGUUGGGGAGCACGAGCUUCAAAUGGUCCGGGAGGGAACAGUAGAUGACAGCUCUCAGAAUCAAUACGAAUUACUCGUCAAACAGGGAGAGUCACUCCAAACAAGAAGGACAUUCCUCCAGAAAGGGCUUCGUAGCCUUGAGAAGCAGCUUUCUAGCACUAAUAAUAGCACUGGUGACUCAUCCUCUGACCGUUCUGCUACCACAUCGACGAAAGAUACCGAUGAUAUUACUGCUCAGAUGCUCUAUGCCUCCCCCGACGGGAAAGCUUCUGACAGUGAGUUUAACAACCGCUUCAUUAUCCACAAUAUACAGUUGAAAUGGAACAAUUCUUUACGGAACAUUGUACUUCGAUAUAUCCAUCAAAACAGCCAACGUCGUGGCUUUGUGUACUAUAUGUCUCGUCGUGCUGUCAAAUUCAUCUUGGACAUCGUUGAGGAGCAGGGCAAAUCCAAGUUUCGGCCUAUGGACAGUCGCCGCCCUUCAUCUGCGCGUGCUUUUGACCCAGACAAGGAUGAUGAAUUGACUGUAGAAGCACGAAUUGAACAACUUCUGAGUGAUGCGAAGCGAUUUGUGAAUGCAGAGGAGCCGACAGCACCCCAAGUUCAACCUGUACAGCCAGAAAAGCAGGAUAGCAUUUCACCGGAAUUCACAGCGCAAAACAGUUACUAUGUCAGAUUGAUUGCCCCACAAAUUCAACUUCAAAGUGAAAAGAAUAAGAAAUCAGUGGCACUUGUGACUGCAAAAGGUAUGCAGUUGAAAAUUGUCUCUAUACGUGACAAGACUCGAGAGUCAGACGACGUCAGCGGAUUGGUGCAGCGCCGGUUUACAUUGGAUAUGGAUAGCGCUCAAUUUUUUGUCGCCACUCAAAAGACAUUUUCAAAUCAUGCUCAUAUAUACUGUGGUAAUAGAUACGGAAACUCUCCAGGAGCUGCUUGGCCACCAUGGGUUUCUUUGGAGUCUAUGUUCGACUUCGAUCGGGACCCCUUAGGACUCUCUCGGAUUAUUCAAAAAACAUCUGCAAGUCUUCGCUACGACAAAUACAAUGCUCUACGUUUGAAAUACAACGAGAAGGUCGCCAGUGGGGAAGACGAACGUCUUUGCGACACCAUCGCGAACGAGAAUAGGAUAGAUCAAAUUUCAGUUGAUUUUCCUCAGAUCAGAGCAAUUUGUGACUCUUCUCAGUACUACUCGAUGUACGUCAUCGUGCUAGAUCUUUUGCUUUAUUCCGAGCCUCUUGAGCAGGUUCGCAGCGAGCGCUUAGAAAAGAUAAUGUUGGCAUCAGAUUUCAGCGACCUUCGAGGUGCUCCUGAGAUGGUAAGUAAACUUCAGCAGAGAAUAAAACAUUUGGAGGAUAUAAAGAAUGUCUUUCAAAUACAGUCAAGGUAUCUUGAUACACAAGGGUGGAAAGAUCGAAUGGCUGUUGAAAAGGACUUAGCAAUAUGCGAAGACGAGCUGUUCUUUAUCAUGAAGGCUAUCACCACCUCACAGCGAAAAAAAGAAGAACUCGUAAAGCAUCACUCUAGUGGCCUUCUCAGAUGGACGUUGUCAGCUUCUGAAAUCGUGUGGCACUUGAUGAGGGAGCAUGGAGAGCCGCUUGUUGAAUUCCAACUCAGAAAUGCCGCUUACGAACGAACAGAUAAUGUUGACGGGUCGAACCACAAUGCAAUCGAGAUCAACCGUAUUUAUGGACUAAACCUUCUUUCUAGCGCUAUAUAUCCUCAGAUGAUUGUUCCCUACUUGGACGAACAACGCCAGAACCCGCAAACAGAAGAAGAUAUGAUGCUAAGAGUUAAUUGGUACAUGCUAGGGGAGAUAGGGGGAAUCCCGGUGCUCGACGAUUUCCAAGUUUCAUUAUUUCCAUUGAAGGUGCAGCUGGAACGGGAGCUUGGACAAAAGUUAUUUGAGUAUAUAUUUCCUGGGGUUGGGUCGAAUGCCUUUGAGAAUGGCAGUUUCUCUCCUUUCAUGAUAAAGACUAUUGAUACACCUGAGGACGGCGAAGAUGGCGAUGAGACUGGUGACGCCCUCAUGCCAGAUGCUAGUCCUGGAAGUACUUCCGUCGACGAUUUGCAAACCGCUUAUCCUGAAGCUAUUGAAAUGAGACUCACACCAACACUCACACUACAAGAUAAUCAUCGGUCGAAGUCUCCAGCUCUCAAGUCGAAGAUACUGUUUGCACAUAUACAGAAAGACUUAACAAAAGAUAAACCAGGUACCCCAGCUGAAUCGACCCGAUCGCCGGCCCUUGGACCUCCCUCAAGUCGCUUGCCUGUGAAAAAGAGCUCUGUUGAUAGUCUCAGGCUGCUUGGACGAUCUCAAGCGGAUAAGUUGACGACGCAGCAAACUGCUAUUGAAAAUUCUGACAAGCACAAGAAAUUUGCUUUGGCCAAGGCAAAGACUAAAGCAGCCGGAAAAGGUGAGGCGCUUACAGACGACAUUUCGCAAAUGAUGUCCAGGGCCUCGAAUUAUAUGAUUUUGUCUCAUGUCAAAAUCAACGAUGUCGUUCUUUGUUUAAGCUAUAAAGGGAAAGAUGAGCGUAACAUUGAAGAUGUUCAUGAUUUCGUGUUCAGGUUGCCAGUUCUUGAUUAUAGCAACAAGACCUGGUCUAAUCUCGAUCUCGCCCUUCGCCUUAAGAAGGAUGCCAUUAAAGCUUUGAUAUCUCAUGCCCCUGCAAUACUAGGCAACAAGUUUUCACAGAAUCGGCCAAACAAGCAGCAACAGAAGCGACUGCGAGAACUUGCAAGCUCGAAACAAGUAUUCGCCUCUGACAGCAUCUCUAAUAUUUCCCCCUCAGAUGGUUCAAACAGUAUCAUCAGUCGUAGCUCCACUGAGAUUUCUGAUUCACCUCGUCGGUCUUUCCAAUCGAAUGCCUCUCCGUUUUCCGGUGCUAUGUCUAUUGUAUCUGGACUUCAUUCAAAUGCCUCUAGUGCAACUCGUCCGCAUGACACUCAUUCAGUGAGUACUUUCAAUAUUGAACAUGGCGAAUCUCACCACUCCCUGGGAAGCGAACUUACGCGUCACCGAACAGGUGAUGAGCAUCAUGUCGAAGAUGCUAGCAAAAAGCAGCCCAAACCUCGUCCUCGAAGAACAUCAUUCGGCCAUCUUCGCCGCAGAUUUUUAGGCUAG